AUGACACAAUUAUAUAAAUGGUCUACUGAUGAGCAAAUAGAUCAGUUGAAGCAGUUUCUCGCUCACAAUGGCCCAACAACCGCCUCUUUGCUCGGCUACAUUCUCAGCACAGGUCAUUGUGAGUCAGAUGCACCAGGCAAAAGUGUGAUAUGGACUAGCCACAUCGACCCCUUUCAUACGACAGACAUUGUUGUUUGGAUCAUUGACAGUGAUCAUCGCAUCCGAUUUUUCGUCACUUCAGAAAUCGAAUUGAAUUUUAAGGAAAUGACACCAGAUGCCGCAAUUUUGGCACAUAGAGCAUCAUAUCCUGACGAAUUGCCUGCUUAUUUUACUCACGCUGAAGAUGAGGCAUUGUAUAAACGCAGUCUGCAAGUAGUUGAGUCAUUUUUGAAAAUGUACAUGGAUAAAAGAUAUGGAGCAGACAAGGGUGUGUUGUAUCAUGAUACAUGUCUCUUAUGGGCUCCGAUCUUUCACAAAUUGUUCACGAUCAACAUUGAUGCACCAUGCUAUGUCUUUACUCGACAGGCAUCCAAGCCUUUGGAUCCCAUCGAGCUACCAGAAAAUUACACCAUCGGCUCUUUGAAGCCGUCUGAUGUGGAAACAGUCGUGACAAAGAACAAGAUCUCUUAUGAAUCGAAAUAUGUCCUUGAUUGCUUCCGCAUCUCUAGUGCUAUUCGAACUGGCGAUGGGAAAUUAGUUGCGUGGGGGAUGACGCACAGAGAUAUGUACGUCGGCGCAUUGCAUGUCUUGCCAGAAUACCGUCGUCAAGGACUAGCAGAGAUUUUGGUCAUGGAUUUGUGCAGACAAUAUGUUGAUUUCUUCAGGGCUCAAGUACCAAAUGUGUCUUUGGAUCAGCUCUAUGCUGGUGCGUGCGUCGAGACAUUCAAUGAUGCUAGUGCUGGAUUGUUUAGAAAGACAGGAUUCAACACACAUGGAUUGGGCACUACAUGGAUCCAUUGCUGUAGAAAAUAA